CGCUCACACUCUCCCGCUGCAGGAGCUCCGAACAUCUGAUCCGCUAGACUCCGAGGAGGCACCGAUCCGUCCACGACGAGGGCAGAGGAAGCGAGGGAGCAGAGCGGAGUCUAAAGGCAGCUUCCUUCAAUAUGUUGGGCAACAGAAAGAAAGCAGCCACACUGGUGAAGAAUGGAGCCGGGACGUCCGAGUCAAAGGCCAUUGAUCCGCUAAGAAAUCUGGGAGUGCAGGAUGAUGAAGAUGUGAAGCGUAUGUUGCAGGGCUCCAGUAUGGUAAAGGUCCGCUCUCCUCGCUGGCAGAAGAGACGGACUCUGAAGCUGCUGGAAGAUGGUGUCACCGUCUGGUGUCAGUCCCACAAAACCUCCAGCCGGGCCAAGGAGCAACAAUCCUUCUCUGUGACGGAAGUGGAGUGCGUUCGUGAAGGUUGCCAGUCGGAGACGUUGAGGCAGAUGACUGGCUUGGUGCCUGAAGGUCGGUGUUUGACAGUGGUCUUCAAAGGGUCUCGCAAGAGCCUGGAUCUCCUCUGCCAGAGUCAGGAGGAGGCUCAGCACUGGGCCCGUGGCAUCCGAACACUGCAGGAGAGGGUGGAGAACAUGACCCAGAAGGAAAAACUUGACCACUGGAUUCAUGCUUACUUGAGUCGAGCCGACCAGAAUCACGAUGAUAAGAUGAGUUACGAGGAAGUCCAGACACUGCUGCAGAUGAUCAACAUUGACCUGAGUGACCAGUACGCCCACAGCCUUUUCCAGAAAUGUGACCAGUCAGCUGACGGUCGCCUGGACCACGGGGAGAUUGAAGUUUUCUGCAGGGAGUUGUUACGGAGACCGGAGCUGGAUGCUGUGUUCAUCCGCUACUCUGCCAAUGGCUGUGUACUUUCCACGGUGGACCUGAGGGAUUUUUUGAAGGACCAGGGGGAGGACGCUUCGCUCGUCCAUGCCCAGAGCCUCAUACUCACCUAUGAACUUAAUGAGUGGGCCCAGAAGAACCAGUUCAUGACCCCCAAUGGUUUCACCAUGUAUAUGCUGUCUAAGGAGAACUGUGUAUUUAACCCACAACAUACCAGGGUUUACCAAGACAUGAAGCACCCACUGGCACACUACUUCAUCUCCUCCUCCCACAACACAUACCUCACCAAGGACCAGCUGACAGGGGACAGCAGCACAGAGCCAUACAUCCGAGCCCUGAACCAUGGCUGCCGCUGUGUGGAGCUGGACUGUUGGGAUGGAGAUAAAGGAGAGCCGAUCAUCUACCAUGGACACACUCUCACCUCCAAAGUGCCCUUCAUCGAAGUCAUCGAGACUAUAAAUGAUUAUGCUUUUAAAGCCUCUCCUUACCCUCUGAUCCUGUCUCUGGAGAACCACUGCUCUGUGGAGCAGCAGACAGUAAUGGCCCGACACCUGCGAUCCAUCCUGGGAGACAAGCUGCUCACGAAGCCCCUCAGCGAUCGAGAUCCUCACAUCCUGCCUACUCCUGAGGAUCUUAAGUACAAAAUCCUGGUCAAGGGGAAGAAGGAGCGAGUGGUGGAGGAGGGCUCGUCCAGCUCUUCAGAGUUCAGCUCCUCAGACGAGGAGGCCAGCCGCUCCGAAGGCAAAGCCAGGCCGAAGAAAGAGGAUAAGAAGGUGCCAGGUGUGUCUAAGCUGAGUCCAGAGCUGUCAGAGCUGGUGGUGUACACCCACAGCGUCCCUUUUAAAAGCUUCGAACAAGCUGCCAAAAGCCCGGCAACCGACAUGUCCUCUUUCUCUGAGAGCGAGGCGCUCAGGCACAUUAAGGACUCAGGGGUGCACUUUGUGCGUCACAACAGCCACCAGCUCAGCAGGAUCUACCCCUCAGGGCAGCGCCUCCAGUCCUCAAACUACAACCCUCAGGAGAUGUGGAACGGAGGCUGCCAGAUUGUUGCAUUGAAUUUCCAGACGCCUGGUGAGCAGAUGGACCUGAACCAUGGCAGGUUCCUGCAGAACGGUCAGUGUGGGUACAUCCUGAAGCCUCCUUUCAUGUGCCAGCGUGACAUCUCCUUCAACCCAGAGAACGUCGGUGGAGGUCCUGGCCACAGACCUGUCCUGCUCACUGUUCGGGUUAUUUCAGCUCAGCAGCUGCCUAAACCAGAAUGGGACAAGCCCAGCUCCAUCGUGGACCCUCAGGUGUGGGUAGAGAUACAUGGUGUUCCCAUAGACAACAACAAGAAGAAAACUCAUCAUGUCGACAACAAUGGCUUUAACCCGCGGUGGGACUGUACCUUUAACUUUACUGUCCACGUCCCUGACUUGGCUCUGGUUCGCUUCAUGGUGGAGGACCACGACUACACCUCCCGCAAUGACUUCUUAGGGCAGUACACCCUGCCUUUCACAAGUCUCCGUACAGGUUAUCGUCAUGUCCGACUGCUUAAGCUGGACGGCUCCAGCCUUUCACCCUCCUCGAUCUUCAUCCAUGUUAAGGUCACCCCGUGUCAGAGCAGUCCCUCGAAAUCAUCGGCCAAAUCGCCAGCCAGGUCGCCGUCCAAGUCUUCUGCCAAGAAGCCCUAAUCCACUCUCUCCACCAUCGCAACGUGAAGCAUGGAAGCCACCGUGGGAGGAUCCCGGGACACAUCUGUCUGGAUCCAGACGAUAAAAGAUCUGGGCUCUAACUCAUAAAACUUAAAGGAUCC